AAGAAACCCUUAAGUUUCGCGUGUUCUAAAUUAAGUUUUGGAAUCUGACUGUAAUUUUGAUCCCCUCGAUACUGGCUACACUUUUGCUCUCUGUCUUCGAUAGUUCGCCAGACUUUUUUUAGUCGACUCCGGUUUCAGUAAUACCCAUUAUCAUACGUUUAAGAUUUGUUACGUUACUUACUUAAAUGUGCUGUAUCUAGUUGUUUCGGCGAACAUUUCGUUAUUCGUUGAAUAGUAGAAGGUUUUUUUCUUCCGUAAAAGGAGGAAACAGGAACGUGUGACAGCAGAAGGGAGAAAGAAGAAACGACUAGGCCUAAUCUUAAAGAAUAGAAUCGCUCUUGCCAACAUGGUGACUCUAACAACGUUAUAUUUACUCGUGUUGGGUGUGACGUGUUUGAUGGCGACGCCGAUACAUUGGGAUUCUCUAAGUGAGGGACACGGAUCCGACGCCACUGACUCGUAUUCGAGGGAUGACGAAGAUAUAGAAGAUGGGAUGACAGAGGAGGAUUCGCCUUCGAAUAAUGAUGAGUUUACGAAAUAUCUUGAGGACUAUGGUUUUCUGCCCCAAACAUUGCCCGGUCAAAGUGGUCCAGAUACAGCAGAAGCAAAUCUUACCGGCGCCAUUUUGAAAUUUCAAGAAUUCUUCAAGCUACCUGUAACCGGGAUAGCUGAUGACCGGGUACAAGAACUCUCGCUUCUACCUCGAUGUGGCAUACCGGAUGUACUGUCUUUCUCGCUUGGCUGGUUCCGGUGGUAUGACCUCAACUUGACCUAUCGUAUUGUCGAACUUCACGAUAACAUGCCUUUGGGUCGUCAAGUCAUCGGUGAUGUCGUUCGAGAUGCAAUGCAGAUGUGGAUGGACGUCACAUCAUUAAUAUUGUGCGAGGUGGUCGACCAGAACAUCGAUGCCGACAUUCAUAUUCGUCAUGUCUUGGGCGAGCACGGUGAUGGUAUCUCUUUCGAUGGGCCAGGCGGCAUCCUCGGUCACGCCUUCCUACCGACACACGGCGAGAUCCAUUUCGAUGCCGCCGAAAAUUGGACAGUGGGAAUAGCUGAUGGGAUCGACUAUGUGCAAGUCGUUGUCCAUGAGAUCGGGCAUGCUCUGGGUUUGACGCACUCCGGCGUAGAGGGCUCUAUCAUGUAUCCAUUCUAUCAAUUCCGUCCUAAAGUUGAGCUCCAGGAUGAUGACAUUCAGGGAAUACAGCUGCUGUAUGGAACACCCAAUGAUCUUCCAGAAGACGUAAGAGACCAAAGGUGUCCAAAUAUUGAAACGAGCAGCUCGCUAUCGGGACCAAGUCAGGUUACAGAAAUAAUAAGCACUCCCCACCCCACCGAAGGAGAAAUACCUUCUACCACCGUGGUUUCCCGAAUGGAAACGACAGACCUUGAGGUGCCAACAUCGUCAUCAACACCGACAGUAUCUUUAACUUCAGCGACAACACUGAUCAUCACAAACUUGGGAACUUUAUCAACUAAAUCAACUCAAAGCCCCGAUUUGUUAGAAUCGGCUACAAUAAUACGUGCAAGCUCUAACGAUUUAAGGACAACUCUUGCCAACACAAACUCGGACACUAAAGCAACGACAAUAUCAACAUCAGCAGUGCUAACCUCUAGUCCGUCAACAUCGCCCUCAUCACGAACAAAUUCUAUCAUUUCAACAAAUCCUGCCUCUUCUUUAGCAACUUCGACGACAAUGAAGUCAACAACAUCUGGAUUAAGAUUGUCCAUAUCACCUACAACAUGUACCAGGUCCGAUACAACUUCUCCUGUCAUCACAAAGUCUUUAAUAACAGUUAUAACAGUAUCAGAAAAAACAAGUGCUUCUCUAGAAUCAUCAUCACCAUCGUCAUCACCAUCGUCAUCACCAUCGUCAUCAGCACCGUCGUCACCACCAAGAUCGUCUUCAUCAUCAUCAUUAUCAUCAUCAUCUUUACCUCCGUCAUCAUCUUCCUCAUCACUGCCAUCAUCACUACCACCUGCAUACUUGCAAUCAUCAUCACCACCAUUCUCAGAAACAAAAUCGUCGACACCAUCACCAUCACCACCAUCGUCGCCACCAUUCCCAUCAUCACCAUCAUCACCAUCAUCAUCAUGGUCACCUCCUCUCAACUCAUUAACUCCAACUUUAGCAGAGAGAGGAGAAACUGAAACAUCAUCAGCAACAUUCACCGAAACAGGAACAAUGGUAGGAACAACACAAUCAGUGGCAGCAAACACACUACCUCAAAACGGCAACACAGAUUUCACUGACGUCAUUCAAACUGUCCCAUCUACGACCACAGAGUCGAUACCAAUGGCGCCAGUGGUUUCAGACAAUCAUGGAUUAGGUCAUAUUGGUGGCGAACAUAAUGACAGGAACUCUGGAAAUUCAAUGCACAAUGCACACAUAUGGAGUUUGUUAGUACUAAUAUUUUAUCUGGUUUAAAUACACUACCGGUAAAAACAAUUAUCAACGAAAUUUGUCAAACCCUUACAACGUUCUGCAUUUUUUAUGUUUCUUGAGAAUGUGAAUAAUUAGAGCUUAUAUCUAAAAUGUUAUUUGCAUAAAUAUCUGCACCCACUUUUUCAAGUACACCCAAAGUGCCCCCUUUAGGCCUACUUAAGAAAAUAGAUAUUUUUACUUUCUUUAAGUGUCCCUUUGCUCUUAUAAGUUUUUCUUUGCCCAUCUUAUAAGUGCCCCUUUUCAAGUGUGAGAAAUACCCACUUUCAUUUCUGAUAGGUGCCCCUUAUUUUUUGAUAUGUGCUCCUUCUCCUUUCUAAUAAAUGUCUUUCCCCUUCUGAUAAGUGCCUCUUAUACUUUGUUAAACGUGCCCAAUUCCCCCUACUAACAAAUGCCCUUUGUCACCCCCAGGGCCCCCAUUUCACAAAACUUGUCAUUAGUGACAAAUUAUAGAUUUUGUUAUAAUCUAGUGAAAUCCUUGCUUCUGAUUGAUUAUUGUAAAAACAACCCCCGACGAACUAGUACUUCAACAAGCUCUGCUUCUAGUUAGUUCCUCUUUUAUCGUGCCAUUAAUAUUAUAUUUGUCUUGAUGAUUGUACAUUUUGUUGUAAUAUGCUUAAUGCACUGUGUUAUGUUUUGCAUGAGAAAUAAAAUAAUUUGAGUCUUGAUAAAUCACUUGAAUCUUGUUAUCAGCAGAUUUGUCAUUAAAAAAAAAGGCUUUGUGAAACGGGUCUCUGAUGACCACCACCUCUUUCAUAUCAUCGUAAUCACAAUCACCCUCCUUCCCCAUCAUCAUCUAAUCAUCCUCCUCCUCCUUCUAUUCAUCAUUUUCAUCAUGACAACUGCCCUCCUCAUCACAACCUCUUCCUUGUUGCCAUCAUCCCAAAGAUCACCCAUCUCCUAAUCAUCAUCUUAAUCAUCAACUACCAUCUUUUUCUUUAUCCUAUAACUGCCCUCCUGUCCAUCAUCAUUAUUACCUCGUCCUCCUAUUCCUUAUCGUCCUAAUCAAUGUCUUUUAUUUCUAUAUCCUUUUAAUUGCUAUUUCAUCGAUUUGAUUCCCGUUCCUUUGUGAGAUCAUUGUGGUCUUAAAAGCAGCCAUUAUGAUGUUGAAUAUUGACCUAAAAAAUAUCUUACAGACACAAUAAAAACUGUCUCAAAUUCAUUUUGUUGUUGUCAUGUUUCUAUUUUAUUUUGUUGAGAUGCAUAACAAUAAAGAUUGCACAUGAGAAAAGAUACAUAUUGCCAAAAUUAAAAACAGAAGCACUGAAUGCAUCAUUAGACAGACAUAUAUUACACACUUUGUCUUAUAAAAAAAAAGAUUUAUCAAACUUCUACACAAUUCCCACAUGAUAAAUAGAUGUUAAAUAUAUUUCUCCAUUACCAAAUAUUAUAUAUUCAAAAUCUUGCGGCUUGGCAGUAGAUUCAAAUUAACAUAUCUGAUUUUUUUUCUUCCAAGGCAGAAGUCUGAAUUAUGGUGAAAUGAUAUAAUAACGAUCUUGCAUUGAAUUCAUAAUGAUAUACAAUGCUUCAGGAUGAAAAAUAUUUUCAAAGCUUCCUUCCAAGAUUAAACAUGAGAUCUACCUCAGCAGAAGUAUAAAAACAAGUACAAAAUAAUUACAUGAGAGAAAGCAUAAUAUAUAAAAGUGUGAGGUAAUUUUUUAGUGUUUAGGAUAUGACUAUCGGUGGUCUCUAAAUUCCAUUCCUCUCCUUUUAUAUCGUACAGGUGGG